ACACGUAAUACUCGAACAUCAUGGCUGCUCUCGGGGGUCCUGAGAACAUCCUCAGCCUCUCGAUAAACGUAAUACCGACCGCUAUUUGCAAGCAUUUUAUGAAAUCAAUCACAUGCCUAACCGCUACUGCAUCCGCAUGGACACUCGGCGGGUAUUGGAGCCUGUUCCGCGUAAAUUAGCGGUUGCCUUUUUCUCUGCCUCGUCGAUAAACAUGGGCCAUCUUGAAGAGUUCGGCGAAGUUAUCUCACGAUGGUCAGGCAAUUCGGAGACUUUCACAAUCUCGGCAUUCCACCUCGGAAGCAGACGGCUAAUGCGUAAUCGGACCUCGGGCAUUACGUUGCGACUCGUGGAAAGCACGAGGUCUCCGGGUUCCGAAUACCUGAGGGAUCAAGGCGACCGCAGGAUCAAGAACGAUUCUAGAAGCUCUGCAGAAUGCCAUGACAUCGGGUGCGUGACCCCCCAACCAAGGGCACACAUGGUCCAUCUUCCGAACGCAACGGCCAAGCUCGUUCGAAUGAUGUGCCCGAUAUGGCUUUCAGUUCAUGCCUAUGUAGGAGUAAUAUAA